AAAAGAGGGAAGCAGGCAUAAACAGUAGAGUGAUUCUUUAAAACGGCGUCGUUCUGGUAGUGUGCAUCGCCGGCGAAGUAAAGCACACGACUCAUUUUUAGCAUUUUGAAUUUCGAAAAUCGGAUUGCCAUUGCAACGGAGGACACGCGAAAUAGGGGAGGAAAGGGGAGAUCUAGCCGAAGGCGAUGGCCAAAAUUUUGGCAGCGCAAAAUCUUCCGGCGGACGUGAUCCAAAUGAUGGAUCAAUUGGAGCGCCACUGCUUGGCCCCCGACGGCUCACUCAUUUCCAAGUCCACCUACUAUGAUCUCCAGCUCGCCAGAGAAGAAAUGUGUAAAGAGAGGCAACGUUACUUGGAAGCGCUGGCGGUGUACAUAGAGGCGAUAGCGAUGGUGGAGGAGUAUCAGCAAGCCGUUUCGGUGGCCAAUUUGGGCGGCAUUCGUGACGUGCAGGGGCUUUACCCGCAGCUCGGACUGAAGAGCCUCCCCCAGGUUUAUGAGACUCUUGAGCACCGGAUGGUUGUUGCAGAAGCGGCUCAAAGAUUGAGGCUUCCUCUCAUUUCUAAAGAUGGUGAGAUACAUGAGGAAGAAAUUGAGAAAUGGAGUAUUAUGUCGAGAAGUUCACUUGAUAGUACAAGUACUGGUGUCUCAAGCACAAACUCAACAAACUAUACUAAUGUAUCUGCUAUUGGGGGAGGAGCUUCUGCAAGCAAUUCUUUCUCUGCUGGGGUCACUGAUCCAUCUGAACCAGAAGUUGGUGGUGUACCAAAUAGGUUCCUUGGAAUAACACCGUCGUACUUGUGGCAAGCGCAUAUUCAACAGACACCACUUUCAAUUGACAGUGCUGAAUACCAGGUUCUGCUUGCUCGUGAGAUUGCCAGUCGCUUAGAUGCCAAAUGUGAUAAACUAGCAGAUUCUAUUGUAAUUGAUGACUCUGAUUCACCCAUUAGCCACCAAAAUCUGAAUUCUAGACUUCCAGAAAGAGUGAAAUUGAUCAUUGAGGAGAUUGAAAGAGAGGAAGUAGCAUGGAGGGAGGAUCUCUAUUCUUCUGACAGAAAAUUUGCAGAGUACUAUAAUGUUUUGGAGCAGAUUUUGGGGGUGCUUAUUAAGCUUGUUAAGGAUGUAAAACUUGAUCAUCAGCAUAAAUAUGAUGAACUACAAAAGACUUGGUUGUGCAAAAGAUGUGAGACCAUGAAUGCUAAAUUAAGAGUGUUGGAGCAUAUUCUCCUGCUCGAAACAUACACUACAGACACCAUUCCAGCACUCCACAAAAUCCGGAAGUAUCUGGUUGAAUCAACAGAAGAAGCUUCAACUGCAUAUAAUAAAGCUAUUACAAGACUUAGAGAGUAUCAAGGGGUCGAUCCUCACUUUGAUACCAUUGCCAGACAAUACCAUGACAUUGUGAAAAAAUUGGAAAAUAUGCAGUGGACAAUUCACCAAGUUGAAAUGGACCUGAAACGAUUGCCGGAUCAUUCAGCCGCCUGAAUCAUCAUCGUAAUCAUACCCCUCUUCAUCUUGCUUUUAUUUUUUAUUUUUUUUAAUCGAAUCGAAUUCUGUGGCAAGUAAGCUGCUGGUGAUAUCUUACAGGGCAAAUUAAUCUUAUUUGCAUAUGUAUAUCUAUAUAUGUAAUAGAGUUUGCUGGCAGAUUUUUAAGGACCAAUUGUAUGCAUAACAUCAUUGUUCUUGCCUACCAUUUGCAUUCACUACUUAAGAGACAAUAUGUAACAUAUACUUUAAAAUAACAAUUCAAAGGAUACAUAUGUGUGUACACAUGACUUAGUGUUACCACUA